CCCACCCCGCGGCGAUGCAUCCGCGGCGCCCGGACGGGUUCGACGGCCUGGGCUACCGGGGCGGCGGCGGCGCCCGGGACGAGCCGGGCUGGGGCGGCGCCUUCCCCGCGGGCCACUGGGUGACGACCCCCCCGGACAUCCCGGGGAGCCGCAACCUGCACUGGGGCGACAAGAGCCCGCCCUACGGCGCGCCCUCCGCCUCCACGCCCUACGAGGGCCCCGCCGACGACGUCCCGGCGGGCGGCGGCCCGGGCGCGCAGGGCCGGAGCAGCGAACAGUUAAAUAGAUUUGCUGGAUUUGGCAUUGGACUUGCAAGUCUCUUUACAGAAAAUGUACUGGCCCAUCCUUGCAUUGUUCUACGCCGCCAAUGUCAAGUUAAUUACCAUGCUGAUCAUUACCAUCUCACUCCAUUUACAAUCGUCAACAUUAUGUACAACUUCAACAAAACUCAGGGUCCAAGAUCCCUAUGGAAAGGAAUGGGAAGUACAUUUAUUGUCCAGGGUGUCACACUUGGAGCAGAAGGUAUAAUUAGUGAAUUUACAUCAUUGCCAAGGGAGAUUGCACAUAAGUGGAACCCUAAACAAAUAUGUGAACAUCUUAUACUGAAAUCCCUAACUUACAUAGUGGCAAUGCCUUUUUAUUCAGCAAGCCUAGUUGAAACAGUACAGAGUGAGAUAAUUCGAGAAAAUGCUAGCAUACUGGAAUGUAUUAGAGAAGGAAUCGGAAGAGUACUAGGCUUGGGAGUGCCUCAUAGCAAGCGACUCCUUCCACUCCAUUCCUUGAUCUUCCCUACGGUGCUGCAUGGAGUUCUUCAUUACAUCAUCAGCACAGUCAUUCAGAAGUUUGUCCUGCUAAUCCUAAAGAGAAAGAGUUGCAAUAGCCACCUAGUUGAAAGUGGUUGUCCCGUACAGUGUAUACUGGAAGCUUAUUUUCCAGAACUGAUUGCUAACUUUGUUGCCAGUCUUUGCUCUGACGUAAUACUUUACCCACUGGAAACAGUUUUGCACCGACUUCACAUUCAAGGAACACGCACAAUAAUUGACAACACAGACCUUGGCUAUGAAGUACUUCCAAUUAAUACACAAUAUGAGGGAAUGAGAGACUGCAUCAGUACCAUAAAGCAGGAGGAAGGAGUGCUUGGUUUUUAUAAAGGGUUUGGUGCUGUAAUGGUACAGUAUACACUGCAUGCAGUUAUCCUACAGUUUACCAAAAUUAUUUACACUGCACUUCUUCAGAAUACCGCCUGAGAUUUAGAUUCUAUCACUGCUUAGUUGAGAAAACAGGUGGAUAAUUUGCUAUGAAAUUAUGAGGGAUAAAAACAACAUACUAAGUCAAAAAAAGUGGAUUGGAAAGGGAAUCUGGUAGGCAAAGUCCAAGCUGAUUAAAUUGACUUUUCAUUUCUUUCAAAGUAUACCUAUAUAUUUUGGAUCAAAAUGAUUCCAAACUUCAAAACUCAAUAAAGAUAAGACUGUGAAAGAAUUAAAUUCUAAUGUAGCACUCAUGCUAAAGUAAAAUUGUUGCUGGGAAAAAGCAAAAAUAUCAUCAUUAAAUGUACAAUGAGAUUUCAUUUAAUUCAACCUACACUACCUGACUGUAGGAUUUGUUACAUUGAUUUUUACCUUCUAGAUUGAUUUUUGGUAUGUGAUCCUCAAUGCAACAUAGUAUCAGGAGGUCUUGAAGCAAAUACAUGAUUUCAUCAUUGGGAAAAAAUUAUUUAAGGAUUACAUCUAGCAAUCUGUCAGCAGGAAUCAAAGAAGUUUAAAUUGUCCUUACAGAGCUCUUUUAAUGGCUUGUAUAUAUGUAUUAUAUAAAGCCAAUUUGUGCACAAAUAUAACUUGGAAUUCUGUACAUGUAGCUAAACAUUGCAUAAAAAGAAAUCAUCUGCUUUACCUCAGAGUAAAAUAACAAAAGCCGAGACGCCCAAAUGAUUUAAGUCAAAUAGAGUGUCCACAUCCAAACUUAGUGUUUCAGUGCCAGCAUUUGUGCAGUUUUGUUUGCUUAGCUAGUGAUGUGACGUGUCCAACUAGCGCCCCUCUUUAAGAAAGUAAUCAUGACAACUCUUACUGUUUCCAUACUUACAAAUUUGUGUACUUAAGCCUCACUCGCCUCUCCUUUCUGAAUGACUGAGAGGAGACAAAAUUAAAUUUCACCUGGAAAUUUGUGUCUCUUGCCUUCUAUAAUAGUCAUCAUUAAAUAAUGGCUGCGAUUUUUUUCUUUCAGUUUUGCCUACAGUUUUAUCCAAACUGGGUAUGAUGCUUAUACAAAAAAGCAAGAUAUCUUGAUAACUUUUUAUUUUUCAAAAGUUUAAAUGUUUGGAUGAAUACUAAAGAAAAAAUACAGACACUUUAAGGAAAUUUGUCUUUGUGUUCUGUUGGGGUUAGGGGAAUGCAUUUCAAUAAAUGAACCCAAAAAAUUGUUAGCUUUCUAUUUUUAUUCCUAAAUUGCAUUUGAUGGAUUAAAUACUGUUCAAUUCAGUGAAAUGAUCUGCAUCGGAGUGAUCCGCACUUAAAUGUGUUGGAGGUCCAUUUCUUCAUGAGCACGAACACAGCUUUACAAAUGAGUCAGCACGCUAGUGACCGCACAGAUGCCUCACCUAGAAUGCAGAGAAGCUGAAGCGUUUGGUUUGCUAAUAAGUGUCCCCACAUGGUUAUGUUUGUGAUCAAUAGUGCUGAAACAAGACAGUGGCAUCCUGAGGCGUGAAAUUCCAUAUAAAUAGCAGCUCUCGCAGCCGUCUUGUGUCUGUGUUUACUGAAAUACAUGUCUCUCACUUCUAAAUUGCACUGACAGGGAAAAUAAACGCUACUGACCACAUUUUUGUAUGACCUUUUAGAGUGUGUUUUACUUUGUCUAAUGUGUGAGAUGUAAUUUGUGGCUUUGUUUUUGCAUUUGAACUGCUAUGUCGUCUUUUAGAUAUUGAUAAUAAUUGCUUCCUAAAAGCAUUUUUAUUUUAAUCAAGGUGGCUUCAGAGAAAUACCAAACCUGAAUUUUCAAUUUUCAAAAAAUUCUAGAACAGUCUGAGUGAAAUCAAGUAUUUACUGGUGAAAAUCCUUCAGCUAGCUAAAAUCUAGAUAUUUCACAUUGUUUUAAGAUUGCACAACUUCAUUAUUAGCAUAAAUACAGUUAUAUAGUUUGUCUUCUGGUGGAAUUGUAAGAUGGAUAGGCUUAAUGACACGCAAAAUUUUUUUUAAUUUGGAGAAAAUACAUAUUAACAUGAAAACUAAAAUUGAAAAAUGCUAACAUAUUGUUAUGUCUCCAAAUUAAAUAUAACCUUUCACAGCCAAACACUUAAUAAGUUAGCCACCCAAACAUUUUUCAAUGAAUUUAGAAAAAUAAAACAGUAACCAUCAGCUAUACAUUUUCCCUUUUCAAAGUUAUUUCUCUUUAGUAUAGAUGCCGCAAUUUAAUGUCCAUAGGAUAUAUUUCUUAGGAUAAUAUUGGAUGAGAAUAUUUUUAUAAUUUAGUAAAAAUAGUAUUAUGAAUAUGAUUCUAUUAAUAUUCCCACAGCUCUAGUCCUCAUAGACCACCUUCUGGACAUGGGGCUUGUGAUGUGUUUGCCUUACAUUGUAGGUUUCUUAGUUUGAAUAUAAUAGACUGAAAGUUAUUAAAUUAAAAACUGGUUAAAAUUAACCUAUUUUGUCAGUGUGUGAAUUGAUGUACUAACGUGUGUGUAGUGUUUCAUCAGAUGUCCUCAGUUCUGUUGUGGGCUUUUAAAAAUCCCUUAAGUUAUUUAUUCAA